AUAAAAGCCAAGGCCGAGGCCGCUGCUUUCUCUUCUUCGCUUCUUCUUCUUCUUCUUCAUCUUUUGCCAUCCUGCUCUGCGCUGCGCCGCGCCACCCCUCCCCUCCUCCCGACUCUUAUUAAUUUCUGAUUGUUGUUGUUCUUGAACGCGCAAGUGGUGGUGGAUUGCUUGGAUCACGUUCCGGAGAGAAUGCCUCUGUAUAAGAGAAAACCUUUUCCUCUGACGGAAAGGCCCAAGGAUUUGAAGCCUCAAGAGCUCCUCUUUCAAGUUCGCUUUACCAAAGAGAUUUUUAGGGAUUAUGGUGAAUAUUUGAAUCGAAUAAAUCUGUAUCGCCAGAGAGUCUGGACAUGUAAAGUUACUGGAAAGACUAACUUGACCUAUGAAGAGGCAUUGGUGUCGGAGAGAAGAGCAAGUGAGAAAGUCCAACAGUUCCCCCAAGAACUUGUGGCUCCUGUGCUGCGUGAUGUUCAAUUCAGCAUGCUAACACUAAGGGAUCUUGUCAAUCAAAUUGCUGCAAAGUUGCAACAGUGUUUCUCAGAGGGUGUUGAAUUGUAUGGAAAGAGGAACAGCCGUGUUUAUCCUUGCAGGAUAGUAAAAGUUUUAAUAGAAGAGGCUGACCGAACACGUUAUGAGGUAGCGUGGCUUGACAAAGACAAUAAAAUAACUGGAAAUGCUGUAUUGAAUGGUGAAGAAUUGGUGCGGAAGAAGCUGCCUUUUAGUAGAGAUGUUCUGAAGUCUUUUAUUAGAGAAUCUACAUAUUGUAGUGUCCCUUGGGUGCUACAUGAUAAACUGGCAAGGAAAUAUGGAAUCUCAACUGAUCCUCCGGAAGAGUUAAGAAGCAGAUUUUCCUUCCUUGAUGGCCGUUUAGUUGUCAAUAGGAAGAGGAGCAGAUGUGAAGAUGAUAGGCAAAAUAAUGGGGAAGAGGAUGAAGAUACCAGGAAAUGUAGACGAAAGAAUUUGGGGAAGGAAAAUUCAGAAAAUAAACCAAAGGAAAAGCUGAUUAAAUACCCAAUUGAUGAUCUACUGGUGCAACCUGCUGCAGACGAUCCAAUUUUCACUGAACGACCUUCUCCAUCAAGGGAAUUCAAGGUUCCCAUGGAUUGUGUUGGGGAUCUUUUAAUGGUUUGGGAUUUUUGUUCAUCAUUUAGCAGGCUACUGAACUUGUGGCCUUUCUCCCUUGAACAUUUUGAAAAUGCUCUUUCCCACAAAGAAAGCAAUCUGGUUCUCAUUGUGGAAUCUCAUGCGGCUCUUCUUCGCUUGCUUAUAAAGGAUAAUGGAGAUUAUACAAUGGCUUUACAGAAGAAAAAGCGUAAGCCAAAGAUUACAUUAGUCACUUGGACAGAGUAUUUGUGUGAUUUCUUAGAAAUGAUUGAGGCUGCUGAACUUUCCAGUUGUACUUCAACAAUUAAGCGUGGACAUUAUGGCCUUCUUGAUAUUGAUGCUAAAUUGGGAAUUUUUAGAGAAUUGGUUAUGCAUGCCCUUACUACGAGUAUUGUUAGGGAGAAAUUGGAUGAAUAUAUUGAACAGCGACAGGCACUUGCAUCUACGAGAAGGGAGGAAGCAAUACAAGAAGCAAGAAAGAAGAGAGAAGAUAAAGAACGUAUGAAGGCAGAGUCUGUUGGCAAAGAAGUUGCAGAUGGACACCAUCUGGAGUCAGUAAAAACCAGCUCGAGUACAUUGGUGAAUGACAUUCACAAUGGGCAGAAUGGAGAUGUUGGAGAUAAGUGGAAUGAGAGUGCUGUACUAUCUCAAGUGAAAAAAGCAUUAGCAAACAGGAAGCAAGUUGACACGACAGUUGAAAGAAAUGGGAAGCAUUUGAAGAUAGAUGGAGAAGCAGGAAGAGAAAAUAAAAAAGAUUCAUCUAGGAAGGGGCAUCAACAACUGACAAGGGAUGAUAGAAAUGAAGCAAUGGGUAAAAAGAGUAAAGAACAGAGGAAGGAAUAUCUUGAACGGGAGAUGGAGAAAAGAUUUAUUCGAACAAGUCCUUUGGGCAAGGACAGAUAUUACAACAGGUAUUGGUUUUUUAGACGCGAUGGGAGAAUAUUUAUUGAGAGCUCUGACAACAAGCAAUGGGGAUAUUACAAUACUAAGGAAGAGCUUGAUGCCUUUAUGGGCUCAUUGAACCCAAAAGGUGAGCGUGAGAGAGCACUUAAGAAACAGCUGGAGAAGUACUACAACAGAAUAUGCUUGGAAUUUCACAAGAGAUCAAAAGAGGUAGCUCAAAAUAUUGCAAUGGAAGAAGCUAUUCUCCGGAGGUCAACCCGCGUGCGUGCCCCACCUAGGGACAACCCUGCUGUUGCUUUCCUUAGGUAUGUUAACAAGUGGAAGGAUGAUUAAUUGCUGUUUAGCCCUGGUCAAGAAUGCGGCUCUUAGAAUGGUCACGGCUAAGCGGAAGGUUAUUUUUCUUUUUACCCAGCAGCUAUUGAACAGCCUGCCCUAAUUUAUUUAUUGGACGUUCAUGCGGAUGGAGGGUCAUUGUUUUUGGGGUGCCGACAUAUUCCCUUAUUGUUUUUUGGGUUUUGUUUCCAGCGCGGUAAAGAUGGGCUGAUAGAUAACUGUAAUUGAGCCUCAAAGUUUUGUAAAUGACCUUGUUCGGCGGCUUAAGGUUAUGCAACCAUAUUUGUUGCUUUGAUACUUUUUUAAAAAAAGGUUGAUUUUGUUCAAUUUGGAUGCAAAGAAGGAAGAUCACUUCCGAUCUCCUUUUACA